AUGGCAUCGCCUUCGCUUCCCGACAGCUAUGCAGCCCUCAACCUCCCAACCCUCCAGCUCUUCCAUCAUCCCCCCUCCUCCAAACAAGUCACACAUGUCAUAGUCAUAAAGCUUCACCGUCCUGAAGCCCGUAAUGCAUUCACCGACAUAAUGGCGGCUUCGCUCUCCCAUGCACUCAACACCCUCUCUGUUGAUCCCCGCGUUCGCGCUAUAGUUCUCACUUCGUCAGACCCAAAGAAUCGCAUGUACUGCGCUGGUAUGGACUUUAACGAGGAGCAUGCGCUGGGCAAAGACGCUGCUGAUCAUCGCGACUCGGGUGGCAUCGUCACUUUGCCUAUGUAUCGCUGCAACAAGCCUGUUAUCGUCGCCAUCAAUGGCUCUGCUGUUGGCGUGGGUAUCACAAUGACUCUCGGUGCCAACAUCCGCGUUGUGAGCCGCGACGCCCAGAUUGGCUUUGUGUUUGGUCGCCGUGGUUUCAGCAUGGAGGCAUGCAGCAGUUUCUUCCUCCCACGCCUCAUAGGAACCAGUCGUGCACUUCACCUCACCACCACUGGCGCUGUCUACCCUGCCACUCACAAGCUCUUUGACGGCCUCUUCAGCGAGAUUGUCGCACCCGAAGAGGUUCUUCCCACGGCACUCAAGAUCGCGGAUGAGAUAGCGGCCAAUGUAAGUGGUGUUUCUGCGAGGGUAAUGAAGGACAUGAUCUAUAGGGGAGCCUCUUCGCCUGAAGAGGCGCACUUACUUGAGAGUAAGAUAUUUUGGGACCUGUUCACUGGUAAGGAUGCGAAAGAGGGAAUGAAUAGCUUCUUGGAGAAGAGGAAGCCGGAUUUCACGGGGACUAUGGACAAGAAUGCGCCCAAAAUUUACCCUUGGUGGACGCCCGUUGAUAUUGCCAGGCCAAAGCUGUAG